AUGCUGCCUGGAGAGGAGUGUUGCGUCCCUAUGGUCUCAACGGCUCCAAUGACAGUGGGCCGCUCCUUCUGCGAACCUGUACAGAACACGACUCCUCUUGACGAACACCUUCUUCUGACUCCCAAUGCGAGAGACGGCCACCUGAAUGCUCCCUCGGCCGUGACUCUAACACCUGCUGGACUAUGUCCUCGUCCGGAAGCGGGACCGACGGGACAAAGGCAGUCCCGGGUGCCAACGGGUGGACCGACCAUCGCCUCGUCAUCUCGAAGAUGCGGAUUCGCCUGCAGCCUCGCAGGAAACCUCAAGGUAAGUGACACCCAGAUAAGCUGAAUAUUGCCUUGUUGUCUUUGCCUGCUUACCAUCUCCAUUUCAGCAUCGAGCUAGUUCAACGGCUAGCCAACAUUCCAGUCGCCGCCGCCGUUGACGACAACGCCUCCGUGGAGAACCGAUAGUGUCAACCGGGGGACACAGUCCAGUCGACGCCCCUGGCCAUCUUCGUUUUCGCAAGUCGCCAACACCAGGAUUGGUUCGACUACAGCAACGCCGUCAUCAGCAGCCGGCUCGCAGAGAAGAACAGUCUACACAAAGCCUACGUCACUCGCCCCACCGACGACAACAAAGCAGCCUUUUAUGUCAGCGGUUCAGCGAAAUGAAGGAUGCCUGGACGGUUCUCAAGGCAGAGGACAUCCAAGGGUACGGGAAAGCGUGCGGAUCGGACGCGAUACCCGCUGAGAUCAACAGGUACGGCGAUCCCCAACUCAUGGAUCAUCUGACGGCACUCUUCCAGAAGAUGCAGCGCUAA